CAUUCUUUAUUCGUCAAGGAAGUUAGAUCCCGUCUGUCGGAGCACUGUCCUCAUCCUCUCGGUCUCUAACUGUAAUCAGUCUCUAACUGGGUCUGAAACCUGAGUCGACAUUCUCACAGCCUGAGCAGCCGCUUCCUGUGGCAGACACCUUUCUUGGCCAGUGGAACCCUGAACCUCCUUCCUGACGGAAGUAACUGAAAAUGUGGGUUCAUGGAUGGGUUGAGUCUGCACUGAUCAGGGUAGCCGUCCUGUGCGCUGCUCGCUCGUGAAGAACAGGAAGUGGGAUCUGAGAUAAACAUCAAAAACAGCAAAUUUGAGUCAAAUAAAACCCAAAAUGAGCAAGAAAAGAAAACUGAAGGCUGAGAUCCCGUCUGAUAUAUCCGAUAAGGUGGAGGAGACCCUGAAGCCUUUCAUGCUCUCUAUGAAGAAGCUGAGGGAGAUCUCGUCUCGGUUCACUAAAGAAAUGGAUAACGGUCUGGAUAAAAAGAAACAUCAGAAGGCGGCUGUCAAGAUGCUGCCAACCUUUGUGAGGGCGAUGCCGGACGGGUCGGAGAGAGGAGACUUCCUGGCGUUGGAUCUUGGCGGAACAAACUUCCGGGUGCUUCACAUCAGAGUUGAGGAUAAGAAAAUUCUGAAGGUGGACAGUCAGAUCUGCGCCAUCCCGCAGGAAAUCAUGCAGGGAACCGGACAUGAACUGUUCGACCACCUCGCCAAGUGCCUCGGUGAGUUCCUGGAAUCUCAGAAGCUGAAGGAACAGAAGCUUCCUCUGGGCUUCACAUUCUCCUUCCCCUGUGAACAGACAGAAAUCGAUAAGAGCAUUCUGAUCCGCUGGACUAAAGGCUUCAGCUGCUCAGGGGUGGAGGGAAAGGAUGUGGUGCAGUUACUGAAGGACGCCAUUCACAAAAGAGGGGACUACGACAUCAGCUCGGUUGUCAUGGUGAACGAUACGGUGGCCACCAUGAUGAGCUGCAACCAGCAGGAGCACGAGGACCCGGACUGUGAGAUCGGCAUGAUCAUUGGAACGGGAACCAACGCCUGCUACAUGGAGGACAUGAAGAACGUAAAGCGCUGUGAGGAAACCGAAGGCCAGAUGUGCAUCAACACUGAGUGGGGUGGCUUUGGGGACAAAAGCCCCCUCAGUGACCCAGGCGCCCUUGAUGACAUCCUGACGGACUUUGACAAAGAGGUGGACGAGACGUCCAUCAACCCUGGAGUCCACAUAUUUGAGAAGAUGAUCAGCGGCAUGUAUUUAGGAGAAAUCGUCCGUCUGGUGUUGGUGGAGCUGACAAACAACAACUUGCUGUUCGAAGGAAAAGUGACUGUCCGUCUGGAUACUAAACACACGUUUGAGACAAAGCACAUGUCUUUUAUUGAAGGGGCUAGAGUGGACCAGGAAGUCAUCGAUACGAUUCAGGACCUACUGAAGGUGCGAUGUAGUGAGGAUGAUGCUCGUGUGGUGAGUUUGGUCUGUGACACCAUCUCCUCUCGAUCGGCACACCUCUGUGCUGCAGCCCUGGCAGCCAUCGCCAACCGGAUUCGUCUCAACAAAGCCAAGGACAACCUGAAGACCGCUGUGGGAGUGGAUGGCACAGUGUACAAGAAGCAUCCCAAUUUUAGGCAUAAACUCGAGGAUGCUGUGGCAUUCCUCGCCCCAGAAUGUGACCUCAAAUUCUACAUCUCUGAGGAUGGCAGCGGGAAAGGCGCUGCCAUGGUAACGGCUGUGGCGCAGCGGCAGCCUCACUCACGGCUAAUGAACGGGAACGGAGAAGAGGACAGAUGAGUUUACGCUUGGAGGACGUUGAUCUGUAGUCUUAAACAUUGGAAAGCUUGAUUUUAUCAGCCAAGAAUAAAUAAUGCAAAAGAAUAAUGUCUGACGAAUAAAAAUGGUUUACUUUUAAAUAAUA